CUCCCGCGCGCACGCUCGGCCAUGGCGGAGGCCUCCUCACUGGAGAGGCAGAGUCCUCACGUGGCCUCCUGCCUUGCACACAGCCUGUGCCCCCGGGAGCCCAGCUUGCAGACCACGGCAGUGGUGUCCAUGGGCUCUGCAGACCAUCAGUUCAACCUCACUGAGCUCCUGUCGCAGAACUAUAGCCUCCACGAGGGGUGUGCCGAGGCCCCCCAGUGCCCCGACAAGCCGGAGGAGCAGCUGGACAAGGACUUCAUCGACCAGAGCAGCGACAUGCCCCUGGAUGAGCUCCUCGCGCUUUAUGGGUACGAGACUUCAGACCCCAUCUCUGAGCAGGAGAGCGAGGGCGGUGACACAGCCCCAACCCUCCCGGACAUGACCUUGGACAAGGAGCAGAUAGCCAAGGACUUGCUUUCUGGGGAAGAAGAAGAAGAGACGCAGUCCUCCGCUGAUGACCUCACCCCAUCUGUCACCUCCCAUGAGGCCUCGGACCUCUUUCCUCAUCAGAGUGGGUCCCGGUUCUUGGCUGAUGAUAAUGGCCCAGGCUCCUCGGCCUCCUCCGACGCUGAGGAGGAUGCACUCCCUUCCAACAAGUGCAAGAAGGAGAUCAUGGUGGGGCCUCAGUUCCAAGCUGACCUCAACAUCCUGCACUUGAACAGACAUUGUGACAAGAUCUAUGAAAAUGAAGACCAGCUGCUGUGGAGCCCCAGUGUGCUCCCAGAGCGGGAGGUGGAGGACUUCCUGUACAGGGCAGUGAAGCGGAGGUGGCAGGAGAUGGCUGGCCCCCAGAUCCCAGAGGGCGAGGUGGUGAAGGACAGUGAGCAGGCGCUGUAUGAGCUGGUGAAGUGUAAUUUCAACGUGGAAGAGGCCCUGCGCAGGCUGAGGUUCAACGUAAAGGUGAUUCGAGAUGGGCUCUGCUCCUGGAGCGAGGAGGAGUGCAGGAACUUUGAACAUGGCUUCCGUGUUCAUGGGAAGAACUUCCACCUGAUUCAGGCCAACAAGGUGCGCACCCGGUCAGUGGGUGAGUGCGUGGAGUAUUAUUACCUGUGGAAGAAGUCUGAACGCUACGACGGCUUUGCCCAGCAGACACGGCUCGGCCGGAGGAAGUUCGUCUCCUCUGGAACCACGGAUGCUGAACAGGACCUGGAUGGUCUCGACCCUGAUGGCCCUGCCCGGCUGCGCUCUGACCAGGAGUCUGAGGCAGGAGUGCCCGUGGAACCUCUGAGUGUGGACAUCACAGCUGGUGGACUUGACCAGCCUGGAGUGGGCUGCCCAUCCUCGGAGCCAGAAGCGUGUUUGUUCCAGGAGCUGGAUGAGCCCCCUGCCAUGCCCUCGUUCCAGCAGCCCAGCGGCCUGGCUGCCCCAGCUGAGCUCCCACUGGCUGCCCCCGUCCCUGAGCCGAGCAGCAGCCCCCGGCUGUCUGUGGACCUUGCCCUAUCCGAGGAGCUGCCUCUUUCAUCCAGCCCUGUGGAUCUGAGCGAGGACACUGCAGAGCCCAUGGCUUCCGCACAGGUGGCCUUGUCAGUCACUGAAUUUGGACUCAUUGGCAUCGGGGAUGUGAAUCCCUUCCUAACCGGCCACCCAGCAUGCCCAGCCUCCACACUGCGCUCGGAGCCUCUGUCACAGUGCAAUGUGAUGACCUGUUGAUCCCUGGUCGCCUGUGGCAUGUGUGCUCAGAAUGGACAUGGCAGCACUGCCAGGCCUGCCCGUCAGUCUUCCUGGCCCCCUCCCGUGCAGGCCUGUGUGAUGCCUUCUCUGCUUCAGAACGUGAUAGGACUCAGUGAGGUGGCCAGGCCCACACAGACCCCAGAUCUCAGCACCCAGCACCGCCGGAACCCCAGGCUGCCACCACCACGCCAUGGCGUCACCCUGGUAGCUGGGCUCAAAGAGGGCCAGUCCCAACAUGGAGCCAGCCACUGACCCCUCAGCCAGCAGAGGCUGGCAGGCGGUGCUGCCUGGGGCUUUGGGCAGGACUCCUCCCGCACCAGCAGCCUCUGCCCGGGCACCCUCCAUAGGCCAGCUCUCUACCCACCACAGCGGGGUUGUGGCCGCCAGCCUCUGCUCAGCGUGGGACCCUGGGGCACAGAGCCAUAUACCUCGCCCUGUGGCCACCCUUCUCGGCCCUUUGCCGUCUCCACUUCAGGAAAAGCCGCACUUUAUAUCCCAACUGCCUCCUGCCUGCACCCCCACCCUGCGCCGUGGUGGGCCCUCAGCAGCCCGGGCGGGUGAGGAGCAGGUGGCCCGCUACCUUCCGGCCCCUCUCCUUGGGACACCUUGGGGCACAGCUCUGGAAGCACCACCCUGCCACUGCCUGUUCUGUGGGUCUCAGUUCCUUGGAGGCUCCUAGCAGGAUGGCUGGGCCCAUCUUGUCCUCGGCCUCCCCCAUUUUAUUUAUGUUGGUGUUUACAAUUCGGAGUGGGGUCCCUGGGCAGGCAGCUCCGCCCGGUGUUGGCAGAGCGGUGCUGUUUGAGCCUCUGUGGCUGGACUCGACCGUCCCUUGCCCCACCGAGGACACUGUGAUGUGAGACUGCCUUCGCCCAGCGCUAUUUUAUUUAUUAAACUUGAUUUGAAGCCCGGGGUGUCUCAUGCUGG